CAUGCCAGUGUGAAUCUAUUGAAAUACUUAGCCUAAUUUUAUAACACACUUAUUUUAACAUAUCAAAAGUGUUCGUCCAUUUUGUUCGAAUUGAGUGCAGAGUAAAACCUAUACAAGCCGGAAAGUGAUGUGUACUAUAUUAAUGUACCUGCAGCCCAUCAUUACCUUACAGGUACUGACAACAUAAGGCAGCAGAGCGUUGGGUGUACAACAACAUACAUACCUAUAUAUACUUACGUGUGUAAAACGAUGCGUCAGGACAAGCAGCUACGACAACAGCAGUAUUUCAAAGUCGAUAUUACUACCAUCAGCAGUUGUUGCUUUAAUACAACUAGCAGCAGUACUCUGUCGACAUCGUCGUCGUCGUCGAGAGCAGUAACAUCAGCGGCGCUAUGUUAUUGUGUUAUUGCCGACAUCGUUUAAAACACAAAUUCAACAUCAGUUAAUAGUUGGUGAUACAGUUGUGGCUUUUUAUUAUUAAUUAUUGAGAAAAAAGAAAGCUACAAAGUGUUUAGUGGUAGUAGUGGUGAUGGUGUUUGUUGUUGUUGUUUUUGUUGUUAAAUAAUAGUGAGGUGUUGUAGCAAAUUAUUUUAAAGAUCCUCCCAAAGAGGAGAGAAAGGAAGAAAACAACAACAAAGAGAAAUAACACACUCCAAUUAUGGGCGAUUUCUACAAUAACAGCGAAAUCUCGGAUCAGCCACAAGAAUGUAAUAUCAACACAACAACCAAAAGAAUAUGGUUACUCACAGAUGUAUACAAUGGAAUACCUGAUAAUCUUUUGAUAAAUAUAUGCAUGUUUUUGCUAUUGGUCACGUUAUUUGGUUUAUUGCGUAAAAAAGCAUGGAACUAUGGUCGAUUGGCCCUUUUACACAAAACAGAAAACAGAUGGAUGGAAUUGUUUUAUGGUGAUAAUGACACCAGAGAUGCCGAAGUAGCAUGUAUAGAGGCAUCUGUCAACUCACAUCUAUCUAAUACAGAUAGAGGCUUUUUAUCAUGGAUAGUGACGGCUUUCCGAUUAUCAGAUGACGAAUUGUUAAAAAGAGCGGGUUCAGACGGAUUACUCUAUGUCUCGUUUCAAAGGCACUUAAUUAUAUUGACUGGGCUAAUGACGUUGGUUUCAUUGCUGGUCAUUUUGCCUAUAAAUUACAAUGGAGAUAAAUUAAUAAAAGAUGGUGCCUUUAGUCGCACUACUUUGCCAAACCUCGCUCCAAAUUCUGGUUGGCUUUGGGUACAUACUUUCAUACUCUUGUCUUAUCUACCCGUUGGAGCCUAUGUUAUGAGGAAAUUCAUCAAAAAAGUGAGAGAUCUGAGACCAGCAGGAGAACUAGCAGCUAGAACUCUUUUGAUAACAGAAAUCCCAAAACAUCAGUGUAACAUAGACGGAUUAACGGAGUAUUUUAAAGAGGCUUUUCCAACUUUAACAGUUGAAGAUGUUACUCUGGCAUAUGAUAUCAAAGAACUUACGAAAUUGGAUGCAGAAAGAGACUGCGCUGAGCAAGCACGACUUUACUGCGAGAAUUACAACAGAAGAAAAGCUCCAUUAAAAAUGUAUCCCCACUUCUGUGGACAACUGGUUGGAUGUUGUUUCAAACAGAAACAAAUAAAUGCCCUCGAGUUUUAUACGACAGAAGAAGCGCGUUUGACAGCGCUCGUAGAAGAGGAAAGAAAACUUGCCUUGAAGAGGCCGAUCGGUGUAGCCUUUGUGACAUUAGGUACACCAGGUGCCGCGAGGACCAUGCGACGUCAGCUGCGCACGUCGCCGUCGAUCAAAUGGACGGUCGAUUAUGCACCCGCUCCCGCGGACAUUUACUGGGACAAUCUAUGCAUUGCCAAGCCUUACUGGUACCUUACUUGGAUUACCGUCAAUAUUUUAUUGGGCAUCGUCAUGUUUUUUGUGACGACUCCAGCUGUCGUUUUGGCAGCGAUGAAAGAGUUGCCAUUCUUUGGCAACAUCCAGAAUCUGAAUCCGUUCAUGUCCACCUUCUUGCCGACGAUUAUGCUUGUCAGCGUUGCAGCACUCAUGCCAGUUUUGGUUGGUCGGAGCGAAGUAUUGAUCAGACAUUGGACGCGAAGUGGUCUGAAUCGUGCAAUAAUGAGAAAGACGCUGCUGCUGUUGUUGCUAAUGGUUUUGAUUGUGCCGAGUGUAAGUUUGACGAGUUUCAAGGCCUUCUUUGAAUGGACCAUUAGGGGCGACAACAACAGCACGGCUCGAUGGCGAUGUGUCUUUUUGCCUGACAAAGGUGCAUUUUUCGUAAAUUAUGUGAUAACGGCAGGCUUCAUCGGAAGCGGGCUUGAGCUUGUUAGAUUUCCCGAGCUGGCGCUUUAUACCUACAGGCUUUGUACAGCCAGAAGCCGCGCUGAACGCAUUUACGUGAGGAAAGCAGUGCUCUGGGAAUUUCCGUUAGGCGCUCACUAUGCCUACAUGCUGCUGGUCUUUACCACGACCACUAUGUACAGUCUAGCGUGCCCGAUCAUCACUCCCUUUGGACUAAUUUAUUUUCUAAUCAAGCAUGUAGUCGAUAGACACAACUUGUGUUUUGCUUAUGGACCGAGCAUUGGAGGGGGCCAGUUGUCCGGCACGGCUGUAAAAGCUACAGGAGCCGCGCCUUUAAUUGCUCAAGUUGCGUUUCUAGCGUUGAAUCUCGUGAGGACAAGUCUAUCGCCACUGGCUGCGGUACAGUUAAGCGGCUUUGCCGCUAGUAUAUUAGGAUUUGUUACAGGGCUGACUUUGCCAGCUUCUAAACCUAAGAGCCAGAAUUUCAAAAGAGAUUUAUCAGCUGGUCAACACUUUGUUGCUCCGGUAUUACGUAAAAGGAGGGUUAUUGGCUGCCCAGAGGAAACUAUUUCAGUUUCUACAACUACGCAGAGCUCACCAAGUACGAAAGUUUAUACAACAUCCUCUUCCACUCAUGGAAGUCCAAAAUUAUAUCAGGAUUACGGACAAGAACCGACAAACGUGUGACUUGUUUAGUUAAUCAGGCUGUUUUUGUUUCCCCCCUCCCCUUUUUUUUGUUUUAAUAGAAAAAUAAUCGAUCGGUUGUAUCAAUCGGUGUCAGAAAGUAUGAAGUGUUUGAAUUAUAAAUAUCUAACUUAUUUAAUCUUAGACAUUGCUAAAAUUAAAUGAAUGUUGUGAAUAGGAAUAUUUUUACUCAGUAAUAGGUGCAGAUGAUACAGGUAAGUGACCAUGAUGCUGGUCAUUGAUUCGUAUCAUUUUGAUUCGUCAAAAAUUUGAUGUUUCACCUUGAUUGUAGAAAUGUAGUUGCAAUGGAUCGAUAUUUUACAAAAAAAAUUUUUUAACCGUAAAAGAUAAUAAUGAAAUCAUUAAAAGUACACAUUAAAUUACUGUACAAUACCAGUUUCUAUCAAUUUUUUAAGCUCGGUUUUAAUAUUUCAUUAAUAAUAUGAUUAAAAAUUAUUUUUACAUAUUUAAUACAAUUAUAGGCAAAAACCUUUGUAUUUAUUUUCUUUUAAUUAUUUUAAAUCACUGAUUUCAAAGGGGUUGGCUUGUAUAUUAUUAGACAUUUGUAAACAGAAGUACCUGUUUAAGUUAUUGAGAUUAACUCUAGAUUUGUCGUUAUGUAGGCUCCCUGUUGUCUAGCAUAAGCCUCGCGCGGAAAAGCGGCAAUAGUUGUAUAUUCUUGAAUGACGAAUUGUUGUUCAUGCACCCGGGACCUGUGAAAGAAAAGAGAAGAAUACCGUGUAACAGAAUAAUGACGAAACAAUAAUAAUAAAACCAGCAAACCUUAUUCUCGUAGUAAUACUCCUUCAACCAUCUUUGUUGUGCAUCAGUAAUAAACUGAUGAAUUAUUUGGGAGGGUUUGGAGAUGUCGUAUAGUGCCUGAGACAAGCUGCAGACCAAGACCGCAUUUUAAAGAAUGUUCUUGUCAUGCUAUUUCAUCUUGAAUCCACAAUUCGCACAUUGAAAAUUUAGGCUUGCCCUUGAAGUUGAAUUAGACCGCCCAUCGACUAUUUCACUCCGUUCCAAUAUACAACUAUUGUAAGCAGAUGGCAAAUAGUGAGAUAUCCGUCCUUAUGGUAGAUCUUAAAAAUAGAAAAAUUUGUGUUCUUACUAAAAAAUUUCAUUGCUACGAAUAUCAAAAAUUUAUUGAUAUAUUUAUCAUUAAAUUUUCUGAGUGCUGCUUCAAUAAAUCGAUACCCUGCGGUAUUUUUGAAUUUUUUACCGAUUCCUUUCCUUUCGGGUGCAAAAAAGACAUUUUUUAGUCUCCACCGACUCAUUGGUUAACCAGACGAUCAAUCAGAUCGUGUGCUUUAAUUUGUAUAUCAACUUUGGUGGGACCAAAUCUUUCUCCAAUAACUGGGGUCCACAUGGAAAAAAUUCGAAAGCCGAUACUUGGCAGUACUGUUGUUUUUGAGUAAGAUAAUGUUAGGAAACUGUUGCCCCAAAAUUUUAGAUUAAAUUUAUUGUCAAUUUGAUUGCGGGUAAUACUUUACUGUUUAUUUAAUCGUUACUAUGCCUCAUGCAACUGUCUAAUUUCAGUUCCUUAGAGGUCUA